AUGCGCGCGCCCGACGAUCCUCGGCGAAUUGUGUCCGGCGGUUGGUCCUUCCUGGGUGUCAGUGAGUACGCAGACUUCACGACCUAUCCUUCUUGA